GCUGCAAGCUGUGUAACAUGUUGAGGUUUAUGAGAUACGUUACUGGGUGAGUAAUGGUGAUUGUUCAACCUCGUCUAAAAGUCCAGUCAUAUGAGAUUUACGUGUAUUCCCUUUGCUCACAAACUCGCUGUACAAAACUUGGGCUAUAUGAGCGAAUUCAAAGUGACUAAUUUUUCAUCCAGAUCGACAUGCUAAUUGCGUGCUCAGCGGCAAGAUAGUGUCCAUCUUUGAAUCAGCACGGAAGACGACAACCCGAGCCAGCGGCCCAUCGGCUCUUGACUCUUACUCACUCGCCGGUCUCUCCACAACCACCAAAGAGGAUAUGUGUUAGUUGUAUCCUAAUCUAAUUUGUAUUUUUUUUAUCUCAUGCUUCUAGCCAAUGAUUUGUUUACGAUUGUAAUAAUUAUCGUUAAUACAAGCAAAAACCCCUGCAUCGAAGCGAGAAGUUAGUAGCAUUUUUUUCCCGUCUUUGGCUCAUCACGAAAGACGCACAAGGCGAUGGUGCAAUUCCCGCUUUUGGAGUGUGUGAGUGGGUUGCAGGGAAGAUCCCUGGCGCGUGAUUUGGGGGAAUAAAGUAAAAAGCCCUUUUGAGCAGACUUAUAGACGUGGAUUUUGCGCAAUUGUUGGAUUGAAUUUGUUCAGAUCUAGUUGUCUUGCUGGUUAAAAGACGCUGUCGACUCUCAUUCAGUUGCCACAACUCGCAAACUUGUUCUCGUUACAAGCAGCAGUAGUAGGAAAUUCACAUCACCAUGGCCUCAACACCACAAUCCUCCUCCGUCGACAUCGAGCGCCAAUCCCCAGCAUCUCGAGAAGACUCGCCGCUGCUCACCACGCCAGACGAUGCCCCGGAUGCCUGGUCCCCCCCGCCCGGCUUCACGCCCAUCCAGCUCGCCAUCAUGACAAACGUCUUCCUCUACGGCUUCGACGGCACAAUCACCGCGGCCACCUACGCCGUCAUCAGCUCCGACUUCGACGCCGCCAACAGCGCCUCGUGGCUGACCACGUCGUACCUCGUCACCGCGACGGCGUUCCAGCCGCUCUACGGCCGCGUGUCGGACAUUUUCGGCCGCCGCGUGUGCUUCUUUGUGUCGACGGUUGUCUUUGCCGUGGGGUGUCUUGGGUGCGGCGUGGCGAGGACUGUGUUUGCGCUGAAUUGCAUGAGGGCCGUUACUGGCGUUGGAGGAGCGGGACUGAUGACGAUGGCCACCAUCAUCAACUCGGACAUGAUCCCCUUUCGCCGGCGCGGCAUGUACCAGGCCAUGCAAAACGGCGUCGUCGGCUUCGGCGCCAUCUGCGGCGCCUCCUUUGGCGGCACCGUUGCCGACCUCAUCGGCUGGCGCUGGUGCUUCCUGCUGCAGGUGCCCUUUUCCAUCUUUGCCUUGAUUGCCGGGUACUUUGUGCUCGGGAACCAGCACCAGGGCAUUGCUGUUACGGGCGAACAAGGCGGGUUCGCCGCGCUGUGGAAGAGAGUCGACUUUUCGGGCGCCUUGCUGCUGGUCACUGCUGUGUCGACGCAGCUGCUGGGCUUGAGCCUCGGCGGGAAUGAGCUGCCGUGGAGCAGUCCGUGGGUCAUUGGGGCGCUGGCAAUGAGUGUGUUGCUGUUUGCGGUGUUUGUUCGUGUCGAGGGGAGUACGGCCGCCAUGCCGAUUAUUCCGCUGAGGAUGCUUCAGGGGACGAUGCCGAUUGCAACGCAGGUGGCCAAUCUUUGCGCGGGCAUGUCCAUGUAUGGCUAUCUCUUCAUGCUUCCGCUCUUCUUCCAGGCCAUCCUCAACGAUUCGGCCACCAAGGCGGGCAUUCGGCUGUCUCUGCCUUCGCUGGCCAUGCCCUUGGGAGGCCUCAUCUCGGGCACGGUCAUGUCUCGCUGGGGCAAGCUGAUUCCGCUGAUGCGGACGGGACUUAUUCUCAUGACGGUGGGCCAGGCCAUGGUCUCGUCGUGGGCCUUUUCGGAUGCGGCGUGGAAGUAUGUCUGGUACAUAUUUCCGUCUCACUUGGGCACGGGGAUGGUGUAUCCGGCCAUUCUGUUUAUAUCGAUUGCAUCCCAUGCUCAUUCAGACCACGCCGUGUCUGCUUCAACCACCUAUCUCGUUCGAUCCCUCGGAACCGUCUGGGGCGUAUCCGUCACGUCGGCCAUUGUCCAAAACACGCUCAGCGUCCGCUUACCACAGGUCUUGAGCGAGGUACCAGAUAAAUGGAGAAUCAUUGAUGAGAUUCGCCACUCGGUCGACGCCUUGCAAACCCUGCCGCCUGAUAUCCAGCUCCGCGCUCGGCUGGUAUACUAUGACGGGUUGAGGCUUGCUUUUAUGGCGACUACGCUGGUGGCUGCUGUUGGAGUGGCUGCUGCGUUUAUCGCGAACCCGGCCAACUUGCGGAAGACGCAUUAA